AUGCCAGCUUUAGACUGGCGCCCGGGGAAGCGGGUUGCCAUUGUUGGAGGAGGACCUGGGUCAAUCUCAACAGGCCUAGCCUUUAUCAAGCGAGGCUACGAUGUGCGCAUCUAUGAGCGACAGCCUGAAUGCAAAGCCAUAGGAGGCGCAGUUCUCUUAUCGACUCCUGUCUUGGCUAUCCUUCGAUCCUAUGGUGUGGACCCGGAAGAUUUUGGCUCCUAUACGGUCACCUAUUUCAAGAACAAGUCUGGCGGCGAACGAGUCAAGCUACCAUUCAAUGCGGAGGUUGAGCGAAUUAUGGGCAUUAAAGGCUGGCACUAUGGCGUCCUCCGCUCUUCUAUUUUCAAAAAGAUGUUGGAGCUUGUACCCGAGGGUGUGAUUCAUGCAGACCAUGAGUUCACUUCUUACGUCGAGCGGGAAGAAUUCAUUGAACUCUCUUUCAAGAAUGGCCACCAAGUCACAGCCGAUAUCCUCAUUGGUGCGGAUGGAAUUCGAUCUAUGGUAUCACGGCAAGCCUUUGGUGAACCUAACCUUUUCCACACUGGAAUUCGGCUCUGGCUUGCCUGGUGUGAUCAUAUCCCCGAUAUUCCACCCAACGAGGGUAUGAUUUCACACGACUUCCAAUACCAGGCCAGCUUUUUCCCAAUGCUGCAUGACGGCAAGCCAGGAUUCGAGUGGUGGGUGGUUGAGCCAUCGUGGGAUGGAAAGCCUGUUCCAGAAGAUCCUAAGGCACAUCUCACUGGGAUUUUAAAGGAUUGGGCACAGCCCAUGCCUCGAUUCCUAGAAGCCACCAAUUUCGACACUCAAGUGUACCGAUGGGAAAUUUUCAAUCGGCCAUCGAUGAAGAAAUGGUCCACGGGUCGGGUUGUAUGCGUCGGCGAUGCCGUCCAUCCGGUGUCGCCCUAUGCAGCGUAUGGCAUGGGAAUGGCAAUUGAGGAUGGUUACUUCCUUGCUAGAGCACUGGAUGGAGUCGACCUGCGGGACUUGCGUGCAGUGAAUGCUGGAUUCGAACUCUAUGAGGAAGAACGGGUCGACUACGUGAAUCACAAUAUGGAGUUUGCUCGUUUCCUGGGCAGAAUGUUCCACUCUAUUCCUCGGCCUCUCGCUAAUAUUCGUGAUAUGAUUUUCGACUACACUCCGUUGUUGAGCAAUUUCCUUAAGACUGGUUACCUGAAAAAGGCAGAGGAGGAGACACUUCGCCUAAAGGAGCUUCAGGUGGUCUGA